CCCCCCGUUAUUGCCCCUUUCCUCAGCGCCGCGAGGCAGGCUUCAACCGCUACCUUGCGGCCGCUCACCCGCCCCCCCCGCGCGCCUACCGCCCGCCUCCCUCCUCAGCCCCGAGCGCCGCCCGGCUUCAGCCUGUCGGCCCCCGCUGCCCUCGUCGCGGUUGCCGUAGUCGUAGUGGUCGUCUCAGCUGCCGUCUGGGCCAUGGCCAACUACAUCCACGUCCCCCCCGGGUCCCCCGAGGUCCCGAAGCUGAAUGUCACCGUGCAGGAGCAGGAGGAGCAGCGCUGCCGGGAGGGGGCCCUGAGCCUUCUCCGACACCUGCGGCCGCACUGGGACCCCCAGGAGGUGACCCUGCAGCUUUUUACAGAUGGGAUCACAAAUAAACUUAUUGGCUGUUACGUGGGCAACACAAUGGAGGACGUGGUCCUGGUGAGAAUUUAUGGUAAUAAAACAGAAUUAUUAGUUGACCGAGAUGAGGAAGUGAAGAGUUUUCGAGUGUUACAGGCUCAUGGCUGUGCACCACAACUCUACUGUACAUUCAAUAAUGGGCUGUGCUACGAAUUCAUACAGGGAGAAGCACUGGAUCCAAAGCAUGUCUGUAAUCCAGCUAUAUUCAGGUUAAUUGCCCGUCACCUUGCUAAAAUUCAUGCUAUACAUGCACAUAAUGGCUGGAUCCCCAAAUCUAAUCUGUGGCUAAAGAUGGGAAAAUAUUUCUCUCUUAUUCCCACAGAAUUUGCUGAUGAAGAUAUUAAUGAAAGGUUCCUCAAAGAUGUGCCAAGUCCUCAUGUACUUCAGGAGGAGAUGACCUGGAUGAAGGAGAUACUUUCAAACCUGGGCUCACCAGUUGUGCUUUGUCACAAUGACCUGUUGUGUAAGAAUAUAAUCUACAAUGAGAAACAAGGUGAUGUUCAAUUCAUAGAUUAUGAGUAUUCUGGCUACAACUACCUGGCAUAUGAUAUUGGAAACCAUUUCAAUGAAUUUGCAGGUGUAAGUGAUGUAGACUAUAGUCUCUAUCCAAAUAGAGAACUUCAAGGUCAGUGGCUGAGGUCUUAUCUUGAAGCCUAUAAGGAAUAUAAAGGAUUUGGAACAGAUGUUACAGAAAAGGAAGUAGAAAUACUAUUUAUUCAGGUUAACCAGUUUGCAUUGGCUUCUCAUUUCUUUUGGGGAUUGUGGGCUUUAAUUCAAGCCAAAUAUUCCACCAUUGAUUUUGAUUUCCUUGGGUAUGCAAUUGUUCGUUUUAAGCAGUAUUUCAAAAUGAAGCCAGAGGUCACUGCAUUAAAAUUACCUGAGUAAAGAAGGCUAUUUAGAUAACCUCAAGUGGCUAAGCAAUCCUUGUGAUCCAUUUUUGAAAACAGAUAUUGAACAGCUAAUAUUUGUUAAAAUUCUGUAAUUUCAUUUGGUUAUCUUGCUUUAUAAAUGAUGCCUCUAAACAGCCAACUUAUCUUUAAAUAUUAAACCUAAUUCAGAAAUGUACCUACUGUCAGUAUGAGAUGGAUUAGAAAUUUGUUAAAUCUGCAAAGGUCUGUAGAGAUGACAAUUUAACCCUUUCUUUGAUCACUUAAUCUAUGUUAUAUGUGAAUUAUUUAUUUAUAGAUUUAAUGUGAUUCCAUUGCUGCUUUCAUCAGUUUCUGUAUAAGAAUUGAAUAUAAGCAAUGAAAUUGUUUAUCUUUUUUUAAACAUUUUUUUUUCAUGUUAGAUUAAUUUAGGUAAAUGUUUUGGGGUAUUCAUUAUAAAUACUUUAAUCUUGUACUGUAUGUGAAGAUGAGUCAUUUAUUCUUGAAAUGCCAGGAACAGGUAUAAUAAAUUUUAGAAC